CGGCGGUUCUGGCGGAGUGUGAGCGGGAGUGGGGCGCAACGUUCUUCGGAUGGACGGCGGGGGCAAACUGCGCGGACGCGUUUGCGUUGAUGUGCGACUCAGAUGGCAUGAUCGUGAAAAUGCAGCUGGAUCAUUACGCGGACAAUGGGGGAUCCCUAGGGUCCAUUCCCCAAGCCCUCAGCAACCUCUCUCGCCUCUCCGUGCUGUCACUGACAUACAAUGCCAUGUCCGGGCCCAUUCCGCCAUCGCUCGCCAACCUCCAAAGACUCUCUACCUUGGACAUUGGCUCCAACAAUCUCACAGGGACCAUCCCUGCAUCCCUCGGGUCGCUCCUCAACCUGCAGUACCUGUUUCUCAACGACAACCAGCUUAUGAACUCACUACCUUUAUCUCUUACAAGACUGUCCAAGCUCCAAGUGCUUGCCCUUCAGAACAACCGCCUAUCCGGCAGCAUUCCUGAAUCAUUGGGUAGCCUGCAUCAACUUCGCGUCCUCCUGUUGUCCAGCAACACACUGGACGGCUCCAUCCCCUCGUCCUUGAACCGCCUCUCCAACCUCUUAUCACUGGAUCUGACCAGCAACACGUUGACUGGCUCUAUCCCCGCAACUCUGGCGUCUCUCAUAGACCUCAGCUAUCUGACGUUGGGUGACAACGGGUUGUCUGGUCGCAUGCCUACCUUCAUCGGCAACCUCUCCUCCCUCAUCUCCCUCGACCUGAGUGAUAACCAGCUGGUUGGGUCAUUACCUUCCGCCGUUUGGACUCUUCCUAAUCUCAUUAACCUGGACCUAUCCUACAACAUACUGACUGGGUCCCUCCCAUCAUCCAUCACUUCCCUUGAUGGCAUCUCCACCCUCAACCUAUCAAUGAACGGCUUUACCGGCUCCAUUCCCGAUGCUCUGGGCAACCUCACCUCUCUCACAUCGCUGGAUCUGAGCAACACGCAGCUAGGCAGCUCCAUGCCAUCCUCCCUUGGCGGCCUCACCCAGCUGGUUACCU